AGAGAGAGAGAGAGAGUCUGUGAAAGGCGGGGGCUGGGGGGGCGACGCAUCAUUGCAGUACUGAGAAGAAAGUCCUGCGCUAGUCCAAAAGCCCCACACGCACACACGCAUCCAGAAGAGGAAGAAGAAGAAGAGGAGGAAAAGAAAACGGCCGUGGCGUUAACGACCUGAAACCUCGGAAGCCUUUUAUGUUGACUCCGCAGCAUCUUUCAUCCUCUUUCAAGGAAACGUGUGUUGCCUCCGGACUGUGUGUGUGUGUGUGUGCUGGCAGGACUCGGUUGACACUCGGUUGUGGGUGAAUUAUAGUUGCUCGUAAUGCGCCACUCGGGCUGAUGCUCUCGCUGCAGCAGUGAGCUCUCCUCUCUGUUCCUCUCUGUUCCUCUCGGUUCCUUUCUGUUCCUCUCAGUUCCUCUACUCUCCCUAAUCUCUGCGGGGGUCCUCGCGCACCGUCCCAUCAGAGCUCUCUCCAGUGUUCAUAGGGACUUUUAAUCCUCGUGUCAUCCUCGUUUCUACUUUGCUGUUACCUUGGUGAUUCAAAACCCUCCAUUUUAAUUUAUCUUUACCCUCCUCCUCUUCCUGGUCUUCACCAAGCCAAGGCGCUGCAGAGAGCAUGUCCGCUCCAGCUCCAGAUGCUGCAGCUCCUGCAGGAGCUCCCGGGGCUCCUGGGGCAGAAGGAGCACCAGGAGUAGGCCCUCCUCCCCCUCCUCCCAACACCAGCAGCAACCGUCGACUACAGCAGACACAGGCGCAGGUGGAAGAGGUUGUUGAUAUUAUGCGUGUGAAUGUGGAUAAAGUCUUGGAGCGGGACCAGAAACUGUCUGAGCUGGAUGACAGGGCUGAUGCACUGCAGGCUGGAGCCUCUCAGUUUGAGAGCUGUGCUGCUAAGCUGAAGAACAAGUACUGGUGGAAAAACUGUAAGAUGAUGAUUAUGAUGGGCAUUAUUGGAGUCAUAGUCGUCGGAAUAAUCUUCUUGUAUUUCUUCUCAUGAGCUCACCUGAUCAUAAGGUGACAGAGAUAAGAAAACCAGUUAAAGGAGGGAAAAGAACAACAAAGUAUUGUGAAAAGCCCACUCAUGAAGGCCAUGCAUUUUGCUGCACCCUCUCUCCUUUUAUUAUUAAGACCUCUCAUUCCAUCAAACUGAUACUUUUCAGUGUCGCAGUAGCCAUCAGAUUUACAAGCUUCCUGUUCUCCCAUAAUCUGCUAUGCUGUUCAUUGACUGACAUCUCAUAUACACACACACACACACACACACACACACACACACACACACACACACACACACAUGCACGGUGAGUGUUUCAGGGAUUAGUCCGAUCAAAGGUGGGAUGCUUGAGCCUCUGUUGCUGACAGUGUACCAGUGAAUGUAAAUGAAAUUGCAUAAAAUGAGUGACAGGGUAAUUAAAGACUAGGAAGUCAUGAGCCUGUUUCUACCUGUAAUGCCAACGUACCCGCUGCUGAAUUUCUAAAGCCUUUGGGAAUUAAUUAACUAAUUUUAGCAUAUAUAACACACGCUGCUCUUUUCCAACUGUCAUAACCAUUUUUACUAUAACCCCAUCUGCUUGUAUCUAUUAGUGUCAACUGGAGAAAAAUACUUUUUAUUGUGUAUGUGUAAUUGUCAUUGAAAGCAUUGCUAAUAGAAACUUUUUUUGAGAUAUAUAGAUGCUGUUAGAAAUAUAAUUUGUCUGCUUCAUUAGGAAUAAGGAGGCAGAUGACAAUAUAAGGAAAACAUAAAGGCAGAGGGGAACACAGGUAUGACGGUGAACAGCUGGGGAAGAUUUAUUUUGUUGGUUUGGGAAAAAUCAUAUAUGCACACACACACACACACACACACACACACACACACACACACACACACACACACA